AGACAGUUCAGAAGGGAAAACUCAUGGAUCUCACAAGCACUGUCAUCAUCCCGCUGCUGGUCGGCAGCCUGGGGAUCUUUGCGGUUUUCCGGCUGCUGCAGUGGAUGCGGAUGCGGGCCCACCUGCAGAAGGCUGUGGUGGUCAUCACAGGGGCCACCUCUGGCCUGGGAAAAGAAUGUGCAAAAGCCUUCCAUGCAGCUGGCUCCAAGCUGGUGCUCUGUGGCAGAGAUAGUGAGAAACUCAAGGACCUGGUGCAGGAGCUUUCUACCAUGACCAACCACCGAAAGAACGCCCACAAACCUCACACUGUGGUGUUUGACCUCUCAGACACUAAAACUGUCCUCAGUGCUGCUGAAGAGAUCCUGAAGUACCUGGGACACGUGGACAUACUGAUCAACAAUGCAGGCAUCAGCUUCCGAGGCACCAUUGCGGACACAGGGCUGGAUGUGGACAAGAGAGUGAUGGAAACUAAUUAUUUUGGUCCUGUAGCCCUCACCAAAGCCCUUCUCCCCUCCAUGAUCAAGAGGAGACAAGGCCACAUUGUGGCCAUAAGCAGCGUUCAAGGCAAAAUAAGCAUUCCUUUCAGAUCUGCCUAUGCUGCCUCUAAGCAUGCCACCCAGGCCUUCUUUGACUGUCUUCGAGCAGAGGUGGAGCAGUAUGACAUUGAUGUGACAGUUAUCAGCCCUGGCUACAUUCAGACAAACCUCUCCCUCAAUGCUGUGACAGCAGAUGGAUCUCGCUAUGGAGUGAUGGACAAGACCACAGCUGAAGGACAGACAGCUGCAGAGGUGGCUCAGGUGGUUCUCAGUGCAGUGGGACAGAAGAAGAAGGAGGUACUUGUGGCUGGGCUCACCCCCUGCCUGGCUGUCUACCUGAGGAACCUCUGCCCCAGGCUCUUCUUCACCUUAAUGGCCACUAGAGCGAAGAAGGAGAGAAAAGCAAAGGGCUCUUAA